AACAAACUUCAAAUCAACAAAAAGAGAAAAGGAACUUAAGUCUAUUCCAUAAUUAUUUUCUCCUAUUCACUUCCAAAUAUUUCUUGUUUCUCAUUUGUUAUUAGGAAUUUUGGUCCUCUAGCACAUUCUAAUGGCCAAGUUAGAUAUUCAAAUCCAGAAAAAGAAAAUGAUAAAGCCCUCAACUCCUACCCUGAAUCAUCUUCGGACCCUCAAACUUUCAUAUUUUGAUCAGGGUGCACCUCGUAUGUAUGUACCAAUACUGUUCCAUUACUUACCAAGUAGUGUAGGAAUUACUGAAAGAUGUGAUAAGUUGCAAAAAUCUUUGGCCGAGAUGUUAACCAUGUUUUACCCUCUAGCUGGGAGAUUUAGUGAAGAUGAAUUCUCAAUUCUCUGCAAUGAUGAAGGUGUUGAGUAUGUCGAAACCAAAGUGAACACGGAUCUUGCUGAAUUUCUCCACCAAGGACCCAAGAAUAUUGAGCUUCUGGAUGAUCUUCUUCCAACAGAUUUGCCAUCAAGUCCAUUACUUGGAAUCCAAGUGAACGUAUUCAAUUGUGGAGGCCUAGUCAUGGGCAUACAAAUUUCACACAUUCUAGCCGAUGGUUUCACAUUAGGAACAUUUGUCAAGGAAUGGGCACGCAUUAGCCUUACAGGGAUGACAAAAGGCUGUCUCCCAAUUAGUUUCGGUGGCUUGUCAUCGCUCUUCCCAACGAGAGUGCAAUCAGGACCUCAGUUUGCAGCACCUUCGAAUAGAGACCCUAACAUUGUCACGAAGAGGUUUGUUUUUGAUGCCCUGGCAAUAGCAAAGCUAAGAAACAGAACCAACUCGAGUGCCACAUUCAGGAGACCUACUCGAGUGGUGGCUGUCAUGUCGUUAAUAUGGAAGGUUCUGGUGGGCAUUUCGUUAGCCAAACAUGGACAUGCAAGGGACUCUCAUUUAUUAUUUCCGAUCAAUUUGAGGGGAAAAUCAAAUUUACCAUCUUUAGAGCAUGCUCUAGGGAAUUUCUACGUGACUGUAGUUGCUGCACUUGAGGCAAACAAGUCAAGAAAGGAGUUAACUGACUUUGUUAGCGUGGUAGGAGGUAAAACAAGGGACAUAGCUGCAGGCUUUAGUAAUGCAAACAUCGACGAUAUUACCUCUGCGUGUGUUACCUAUGGCACAGAAGUUGUAAGCAAACUUGGUCAGAAAGAUGUAGACAAUUAUCCUAGCACGAGUUGGUGCGGGUUUCCGUGGUAUGGAGCAGACUUUGGUUGGGGAAAGCCAUGUUGGGUGAGCAGUGUUAGCAAAAAUUAUGAAGGAAUUAGUCUGUUGGACACAAAAAAUGGAGAUGGUAUAGAAGCAUGGGUUGGUUUGAAGGAGGACGACAUGGCUGAAUUCGAGAGAGACCCUGAGAUUUUGUCCUCCACCUCGAAUCGAAAGUUGCAUUUGAUUCCUCAAGGAAUUGAUAUAUAAAUAUAUCAGCUUAAAACUAAGAUUUCUUGAUUCUAUUAAGACAUACUUAUACUACCUAAUUACGUUAAUUCUUUAAUUUCUUUCAUUUGAAUGAUGAAACUAUAAGCAUCUUGAAUGCAUCCUUUUGAUUGAAGAGAAAUUAAUGCAAUCUCUUGUGACAUUUUUCUGUGUCCUAACUUUAGUGAAAUGAGUAUUUCCACUUCUAAUCCGUUCAUUUACCAAAUAAGUGAAUUAUCAGAAAUAGUUUUUUAAUGUAUGUUUUAUUUUUUUAAUGAAUAUUUUUGUUUUCUCUUCGAUCUCUCUAUAUAAGUAACAUAUAUACGAUUUCUUUAUUGGA